AUGGAAGCGCAGAAGCAACACCAGCCUUACAACCAGCACAAAAUUGCUACACCACUUCAGCAGCAGGGCUACCCCCAAACCAAUGCUACAUCUACCCAACGAUCAGAUGUCAACCUUGCAACCCUAGCCCACCAACCCAGCCCCCUCCAAACACUCGGAUCCCAUCCCCUCCUACAUGAGCAUCCCCAAAAUGUCCAGCACCCGCCUGGGCCUCUGACUUUAAGCGCUGCCAUCGAGCGCAGAGACCGCCCCAAUCAGCAACCCUCAAUUCCGUCACACCGGGUCAAAACCAUCCUCGUCGCCUUCUUCCGUGACAUCUGGACUGACAAUCUCCCUGGCCGGCCCAUUUGCUCCCGCAGCCACCCUGGGCGCCGCCAGGCGCUGCCGCCGCCUCUUGGGAGGCGGCGCCUCCGGCCGAGCGGGCCUGCUGCCGUCUUGUCCAGGGUUCUGCAAGGCGGCCCGCGCCAUGAGGGCGGUGGUAAUGAUGGCGCCCCCGACGCUCAUGGCCACCACGCCGCCGAGCUGGGCGACAUUGACCCAGAUCGUGCCUUCUGGGAUCUCGGGCAUCUCUGGAAGCCCGCGAGGCGCACCCUGAUGCCCGGUGCCUACGCGCAAAGGGGCGUGCCCGGUGCAAAGUAUGGCAGGUGGGAGGGAGGGGGGCAGCAGGUGGGCACCGACUGCGGCAAGAUCCGGGUCUUUGCUGUCGGUUGA